AUGGCCUCGCCGCCGACAUUGGAGUCAGUUCCACUGCCGACAGAUUGCAGCUGUCCGAUCACGCAGGACCUAAUGGAGGACCCAGUGGUGGCGUCGGAUGGCACCAGCUACGAACGGCGCGCCAUUGAACAUUGGCUGCAAAGUCAUCGGACAAGCCCGCUGACCAACCUGCCACUGGCAAGCGAGGAUCUCAUUCCCAACAAUGCGUUGAGGAGCGUGAUCCAGGAGUUUCUCAGCAGGCUCCCCGAGACACAGCGCUCUGAACAGGAGCUACGAUGGAAGCGCCAAUCCGAGACCUUACAGACUCGAGCGCCCGAAGAUGUACGACCACGAGCGCCAUGGGACAUUUGCUUGACGGACAAGGAGAUGGAGGAAGGUGGCCCGGCUCUGCUCGUCCUCACGAUGAGCUGCCGCCUUGCCUUCUUGCACUCUGCACUGAGAGACGCAGCGCAGUCUUGA